GCUUGCGGCGAGAGCUCAGUAGCCGCUCGAACGUCGGGAGAAGCUUAGUUUUCUCAGAAGAGCGCUUCCUUCUAUCAUCCGAGAAAAGUCCAUUAAUUUUUUUUUUACUGGUGUCAAAAAAAAAAAAAAAAAAAAAAAAAAACCAAUUUCAAAAAUUUUCAUUUUUAUCAAAAAGAAAAGAAAAUUUUUUUUUUUCUUUUAUUUCUUCAAUUUUUCCUUUCCAACCCUUACAACCCCGCACAAGGAGUUAUAUAUAUAUGUGUGAAAAGUUGAAAAGAAAGUGGUGAAAUUUUUUAUUUUUUCCCUUAAAAAAAAAAAAUAACCUCCAAAUGGACCGUUAUAACGGUCCCGGAAGUGGUGAAAAAAAAUAUCCUGUGAAAUGAACAUCUAUGUUUGGUGGUGAAUCGUGUCGCGUGCUCGUUUGAAGUUUGUUAAGCGCGCACGAUGGGAAGUAACGUCAAGAAACGACACGCGCUUACAUUUAUAUAUUCGUUUCUUCUUUUCCUCGUUAUAAUCACCGAUGUGCGAGGAUUAAUUGAGGUGUCAAUACGAAUACCCCCAGCCGUUGCCGAAAAUUCUACAGUCAACAUGACGUGUCGCUAUAAUUUGGGAGAUUUCCCAUUGUACUCUGUUAAAUGGUACAAGGGAAAUAAAGAAUUUUAUAGAUUCAUACCAAAGGAAAUGCCACCUAUGAAAGUGUUCCCACAACUUGGAGCAAAAGUCGACGUUAAUCGAAGUAAUUCACAUUCCGUUAUAAUAAAAGACGUUCAAAUGGACCUAAGUGGGAAAUAUCGCUGUGAAGUAUCAACGGAUGCUCCAAAAUUUUACACAAAAGUCGAAAGUGGUUUUUUAAAUGUUGCACGACUGCCGAAAGGAAAUCUUACGAUUAGAAUGGAAAAAUUGCGUUACUCACCUGGUGACACUGUGAGAGGCAAUUGUACAGCUCCUGCAGGAAAUCCACCAGCUAAUGUGACAUGGACUGUCAAUGGACUUCCGGUUAAAGCAAGUUAUGUUGCGAACAAAUUUGUUUCGAGGAACAUCACCGCCGACAGUAGACAACAAACUAUGGCGACAUUGGAUUAUGAAAUUAUUUCAGAUAGCUUUAAUAGUGGCAGAUUGCACAUUGCAUGCCAUGCUGCCGUCUUCCAUCUUUAUAAAGAAAAGGCUGAAAUCGUUCUAGAAGAGGAACGACCGAGACUUGCUUCCGUAUUAGGUACACGGGAAUCUUCUUAUACUGGAAGUACAGCCGGCCGCAGAGAAGAAUGGACCUUAAUAAUGUUGGUCGCCAGUUUUCUGCUCAGUGGUCUAAGAUAACAUCGAUAAUCUUUGACUUGUUUUUGCGCGUUUUGACUGAUGUGACGACGUGGUUGAAAGAGUAAAUUGUUUGUAUAAAAUUAAAAGUUAUGAAAGUGAGUGAAAGUGGAAAAAUAAAAGAAUGAAAGAGAAAGUACGAGAAAAUUAUUAUUGAUGGGGGGGAAAAAAAACCUUUUUUUUUUUUUUUUGUUUU